AUGGCGGCCGAGGCAAUGACGCGAGGCUUCGACCCAGCAGCGGUGAUGGCCGACAUGGUCUUCUCGUCACCUGCGACAGAUGUGGUGGACGUCGGCUCGGAUCUGGGCAACAGCGAGAUCAUGAACUCGUUUUUGAAUACGAGCGAUGUGACCAAAGACUGCAUCGUCACCGAAGAAAUUCUCAGGAAAGUAUACGACGCGUAUUCUCAUACCUGCGGACGCAUCUUUACUGAACGGUGGACCACACCGACUGCCAAGAUGAACGCCCAGCUCUACCCCUGGCACAUGUUGAACGACCGCCACUUCUUCUUUCGUCGAAUCGUGCUGGGGUAUGAGAAGGUGCGGCGGACUGAGCCGGACCAACGAGAGGCCGACAUGGAUGAGGCCUUCGACGAGGAUCUCCGCACGACCGGUUUCAGUAGGCCUCUGAAAAACGCUUGCAAUGGCCAAGAGACUUGCAAUAAGGUGAAUGAGAUCAUCGAAGCUCACGCCGCCAGCGAGACCUUGAGUCGAUUGUGGUCGGCCUUGGUUACCAACCCACUUGAGUAUGCUCGUGGCGGCUUGGUUGACGAGAAGCGAGAGGAGGAAUUAUGUGUAGGGCUUCAGGAGAGCUUGAUUCAGUGCUGGAAAGAAGGCCUUACCCAUGAGAUGGCCUGGCUGAUGUGCCAUGCCAGUCACCACGCCUGGCAGGUUAACUUUUUGAUGGAGGCAGCCAUGUUUGGAAGCUUGUUGGAUGAUGGCAAGUUGUCUGGGGAGUUGGACAGAGCGAAUUGA